AAUCGGUUCAUCAAGUUUUUUGGAAAAUUGAACUAUGGCAGAUAUGAUAUCAUUAAAACGUUUCAGUACUCGUCUCCUACUUAACACGUUGAGUGCGAUAUCGGCCUCCGGAGACCGAUAUCAAGCUUCAUUGUAAUGCGGAGCUCAUUUUUUCAAAUAUUCGUUUUGGUGCGGAAUGCAUAAUCUUACGGACAAACGCGUUCGAUCCUGUUUCGCCGUCAUUUGUGUACCGAAUUCGAGUGGAUGAAGUUGUGUUUUAGAUUUACUCUCCGAAAAUGUUUUCUUCCCGCGUUAAAAAAAUUAUGGAAAUAACAAAAAAUCUACAAAAUACUGGAGCAUUGCCCACAGAUGUCGACACACAAACAAAUACACCUGAAAAUGAAAUUGAAAUCAUUGAAGCAGAGUCAUCGGACGAUGAAAAUCAAAUAAAUAGUCCUGGAAGAAAUUAUCUUACAAGCGGAGAUGAAUUUUCCGACUUUGGGAGUGAUGAUUCUAUCAUAGAUAAAGACUAUUACCCAUCUUCGUCGGAUUCUGAUGAAAAUCCACAUAAUCUGUUUGAUGAUACAAUCGAAGGUAAUAGAUAUUUCCAACACAAUGUCUGUUUCUGUUGUUUCAGUUUUAUUUUUUUUAUUUUCCAUCCAGGCAGUGCCGCCGAGGCCGAUGAUUUCGAUUCGGAUACAGCUGAUGAAAAUGAAGCUAAUGACACCACAGAUGAUGAAAAUGGAAAUAUGCCGCAUGUUGGGCUGGAUACUAAUAAUUGGCAAGACAUUGUUGAAGGACAGGUACCUUUUAACGUCUGUAAUGAGUCAGCUGAACUUAAUUUUGACGUUAGUCAGAUUUUGAGUUCACUGGAUGCUUAUAAACUUUUUGUGACUUACGACAUUUGGCAUAUCAUUGUUGAAGAGACAAAUAGAUACGCCCAACAAAGCUCAAAGCUUAACAGGACGAAGAAAUUCAAAAUCCAGAUUAAAUGUUUGGGUGGACACAGAUAAAAACGAAGUCAUGCGUUUUUUCUCAAUUAUCCUAGUAAUGGGUUUUAACUCACUUCCGUCAGUUAAUUUCUACUGGUCAAAAGAUCCUAUGUUCAGAAAUGAGUUUAUAGCAAAGACAAUGCCACGUGAUAGAUUUCUCCUUUUACUUCGAUGUUUACAUUUUUG